CGGAUUUUUUUAAUUGCUGGUUGUGGAAAAAUGUCUUCAGUGCCUGAUGGCAAGAAAUUGGUUCGAAGCCCAAGUGGACUUCGAAUGGUCCCGGAGAAUGGAGCGUUUAACAGCCCUUUUUCGUUAGAUGAACCUCAGUGGGUCCCGGACAAAGAGUGCCCAAGCUGUAUGCAGUGCACCAAAAAAUUUGACUUCCUUACAAGAAAGCACCACUGCCGGCGGUGUGGCCGGUGUUUCUGUGAUAAGUGCUGCAGUAAGAAGGUGACUCUUCCCCGGAUGUGCUUCGUUGACCCGGUCCGGCAGUGUGGAGAGUGCAGCCGGGUCUCCCAGAAGGAAAUGGAGUUCUAUGACAAACAGCUUAAAGUGCUUAUGGGAGGUGGGACAUUUAUUGUCACUUUGGGCACCUCCGAGAAGUCUGAGACCAUGAUGUGUCGUCUCUCCAACAACCACAGGUACCUCUUCUUAGAUGGGGAGAGCCAUUUUGAGGUGGAGCUGUCUCGGAUCUCCAGUAUGCAGGUGUUGACAGAGGAGUCCACCCCCGAAGAGAAUGACAUUCACACUUACACCAGUCUGCUGGACAGUCAGUAUAUCUCUGAAGGUGGAAACUGCAGGGCCAGUGGCAUGUUGCUCCACUACAAACCAAUGGGCUCUCAGGACCCCAAGCAGCUACGCAUGGAGGCAGCAGAGGACAAGAAAACCGCCUCCUCAUGGCUUGCUGCCAUGCACAAGGGUGCCAAACUGCUGUAUGAAGCUCGGGACCAGUGACUGGGUUAAAUGCGGAAGACACAUUUCAGUUGAAUGUAAUCAGUUGUACAACUGACUAGGUAUCACCCUUUUCCCUUUCAUUGCUAAGAUGACUAGAGAGUGAGAUGGCACAGACCAAGUGUUUUCUUUCCUACCCUUAAGUCUCUCAUUCUCUAAAUGCAGACAGCGGAUUUUAGCCACACUUCACUUGAACUAUUUGGCCAAUAACCCAUGCUAAUACUGCCAUCUAUGUAAUGCUAUAAUAGACAUAAGACACUUGCCAUAACCCUUUCCCUUCACCACCAUUAAUGUGACAAAUUACCUUAAAAGCAUUAUGUAGGGUCUGUGACACAUAGUUCAAGUGAAGUUUCUUUAUAUAUUCUGUCUAUGCUCUGCUUUCAGUGCUGACAGAUUAAUCACUGAUUCUAGUGAAAUAUACACUACCGGUCAAAAGUUUUAGAACACCUACUCAUUCAAGUGUUUUUCUUUAUUUUACUGUUUUCUACAUUGUAGAAUAAUAGUGAAGACAAACUAUGAAGUAACACCUAUGGAAUCAUGUAGUAACCAAAAAAGUGUUAAACAAAUCAAAAUGUAUUUUAUGAGAUUCUUCAAAUAGCCACCCUUUGCCUUGACGGCUUUGCACACUCUUGGCAUUCUCUUAUCCAGCUUCACUUGGAAUGCUUUUCCAACAGUCUUGAAGGAGUUCCUACAUAUGCUGAUUUGGUUGAGAUCGGGGAAUUGUGGAGGCCAGGUCAUCUGAUGCAGCACUCCAUCACUCUCCUUCUUGAUAAAAUAUCCCUUACACAGCCUGGAGGUGUGUUAGGUCAUUGUCCUGUUGAAAAACAAAUGAUAACCCCACUAAGCCCAAACCAGAUGGGAUGGCGUAUCGCUGCAGCAUGCUGUGGUAGCCAUGCUGGUUAAGUAUACCUUGAACUCUAAAUAAAUCAGACAGUGUCACCAGCAAAGCACACCCACACCAUAACACAUCUUCCUCCAUGCUUUACGGUGGGAAAUACACAUGCGGUGUGGGUAAACGGAUUAUCUCCGCAUCUCAAAGACAUGGCGGUUUGAACCAAAGAUCUCCAAUUUUGAACUCCAGACCAAAGGACAAAUUUCCACUGGUCUAAUGUCCAUUUCUCGUUUCUUGGCUCAAGCAAGUCUUUUCAUCUUAUUGGUAUGGGUAUCUUGGCAGCAAUUUAACCAUGAAGGCCUGUUUCACACAGUCUCCUCUGAAGAGUUGAUGUUGAGAUGUCUGUUACUUGAACUCUGAAGCAUUUAUUUGGGCUGCCAUUUCUGAAGCUGGUAACUCUAACUCUACCUCUGCAGCAGAGGUAACUUUGGGUCUUCCAUUCCUGUGGCGGUCCUCAUGCGAGCCAGUUUCAUCAUAGCGCUUGAUGGUUUUUGCGACUGCACUUGAAGAAACUUUUUGAAUUUUUCCGGAUUGACUGACACGUCUUAAAGUAAUGAUGGACUGUAGUUUCUCUAAGCUUAUUUGAGCUGUUCUUGCCAUAAUAUGGACUUGGUCUUUUACCAAAUAGGACUAUCUUCUGUAUACCCCACCACCUUGUCAAAACAACUGAUUGGCUCAAAUGCAUUAACAAGGAAAGAAAUUCCACAAAUUAACUUAACAAGGCACACUUGUUAAUUGAAAUGCAUUCCAGGUGACUACCUCAUUAAGCUGGUUGAGAGAAUGCCAAGAGUUUGCAAAGCUGUCAUCAAGGCAAAGGGUUGCUAUAUUUCAAAUAUAAAAUGUUUUGAUUUAUUUAACACUUUUUGGGUUAUUGCAUUAUUCCAUGUGUUAUUUCAUAGUUGAUGUCUUCACUAUUAUUCUACAAUGUAGAAAAGUCAAAAUAAAGAAACUCUUGAAUGAGUAGGUGUUCUAAAACUUUUGACCAGUAGUGUAUAUGUAUGUAUACACAGUUUAUGAAAUGCUUUAAAUUUAAUCCCAUGCAUUGGAUUUUUGUAUAAACUAUUUUGUUAAAUAUUCCUAUUUUAACACAUGCUGUGUAUGUACUUUUUACUGCUAAAGUAUUUAUAGUUUUUGUAGCACUUGUAUACUUUUUUUUCACCUUUUUUUCUUACAAGAUGGCUUAAACAUUUUGUUCUCAUGUUGGCUGGCUUUGCUUAUAAAUGAAUUGCACAACCUCAACAAACUAGCCCUUUAAUAUAAGGGUAAACUAAAGUGUGAAGCAACACUUUUACUCUUCAGUUUUGUUUGCUUAUAUCCAACUUAUUAUGCUUCACAUACCAAACAAAAUACUUAAGAGGUUUUCAUUUUUGACCAAAUUUAGAAAGUUAGUGGUAUUCUAUGGUUUUACCAUUUUGGAUAAAAUGACAAAAAUUUGACAUGAGUACUGCUCACAUAAGAAGGCUACACUCUAAUCAAUUGUAUUAAUUUGGUAAGAGGCAUGUUGAAAUGGUGUUUGCUGGAUGUGUUUGAGGCAUUGUGUGUCAAGAAAUGGCAUUAAUAUGGUAAUUCACUUUAAGGACCUUUUGUAGUCUUUGCUUAGUUCAUAAGCAUGUUCUCUAAGAUGCAUUUAUUUGAAAUCGUGUAAUCUUUUAUACAUCCUUGCCCUAUGGUUCUGAAGUGAUCUACAGGCCUAUUUGAAUGCCCUGAUGCUGGACAUGGAAUCUGUUGCUGCAUGAUACAGCAGUAUUAGAGCUGGCUAGACUCAAUUCUUUCUGUUCUCUACAUUGUGUUCAUUCAAGUUGAAAUUGGAAGUUUUGCACUAAAUGGCAUUGUCAAAUUGAUACAUUCAGAAGUUAUGAAGUACCACUGCACUUUAUGGUCUCCCUUUUUACAAUCACUGACCUAAUAGUAAUUCUAUUACCGUUUCUAAUUGUGUGUCAAUGUUCUCUUAUUGUUAACUCAAUAAAUGAAAGUGUUUGUAAUGG